CUCGGACUCCCAAAACUCUUACCUCUCACCUUUCCUUCUUCAUCUCUCAACUUCUCUAUUUUACAUAUCGGCUUUCUUUCGUUGCCUCUCGGCUUCCCUUCCUUACCUUGGACAUCCUCACACUUCUCAUCUUCCAUCCCUCACCUCUCAUCUCCGAACAGCCCUCCUCCUGCCUCACCACUCCCGACAGACUUGCCUACACUCCUUCAACCACCCCGCCAGCGGCAUCUCCAGAUCAGCCAGCCCUCCCUUCUUGACUUCAUUCAGCCACUCGGUCAGCGGCAUCUACAGCUCACCCAGUCCAUCCUCAAGACGACGUCUUGUUCAUACCAGCAGUGGUGAUACCUGGCGUACAGGAAGCGAGCAAGACUUCUAGGCAACGCGCUCAGCCUCCCCUCUCUCACGACAUCUCCCCGUCUUCCAUUCUCUUCUGGAAUACCACCAUCAACAAUGGCUCCCUCCAACUUUAAGACCUACGAGGCGCAGUCCCGGCUGCUCGCGGCGGUCCUUGCCAGCGCGCCGGGUCUGAAGUUGGACUUCAAAGCCAUAGUAAGGUACUAUGGCUCAGACACGACAGCGUCUGGCCUGGAGCAUCGCUUUCGGCCGAUUAAGAAGCAAGUGGCUGCCAUUCGUGAUGCUGCCGCCAAAGGGCAAGACGUAAAGGACAUGCAGGAUAUCUUCUUUAUGAACGAAAAGGAAAUCCAGAAACACUAUGGCGAGAGCACCGCUCAGGGACUGGAGUUCCAGUUCCGCAGCGUCAAGAGGGACGCCAAGGCGCUCAAGGACGCCGUCGCCAGGGGCGAGAACCCCGUCACCGCCGUUGGCAGGCCGGGCCCCUCCACCCCAAGCAAGCGCAAGGCGGCCGCCGCCACCCCCAGGACGGGCGGCAGCACCACCGCCAAGCGCCAGCGCAAGAAGGGUCCCGGCAGCUCCGACGACGACGAUAAGGAAGUCGACUACGAGGCCAUGGACGUCAAGACCCCGACGAAGCCCAAAGCCAAGGCCAACGCCGCCAACGGCCCCACCGCGGCGUCGGCCGGCAAACUGUCCGAGAGCGUCUCUUUCGACGACAGCAUGAAUGGCACUGAUGAUCCCAUCGUCCUAGAUGAGGAUGAGGACGAUCCCCUCAAGGACGAGCCCGAGCAGCCUUACGUGAAGCUUGAGAAUGAUCCUCUGCUGUCGCAGGGUUUCGAUGAAGACUGGGACGAGAUGACCGAGGGUGUCGUCUAAGCGUCUCGUCACCCCCCCGCCGACUACCCUAAUCUCCUUGACGCCAUCAGUAUGACCGGAGAACAGAGAGGAAUAUCUCUUCCUGGCUCAUCUACCCAUCCGGUGGCCCAAGUAUUAGUGACAACAGCGCUUGGAGUCACAAAAAGGAUUGUCGUCGGGCCCGGAUAUGAGAGGACCACCCAGCAGCAUCCUUAUCCUUCUUCAUCACCUCUGGGUCUUCUCUCUUCACGUUUUAUUAUCUUUUAUCGUCUGGGAGGAGCAGGAGGGAAAAUGGACAUUGGACACCUUGGGAAUUGCGACUCGUCUGGACUCGCAUCACCCAACACCACCAUAUCAUUACCCCCUCCCCCACAGUUGCCUCUCGCUUGAGAUAUCGGCGUCGAGCACAUAGCACAGCCACCCUUCAUACUCGAUGAACUUGUCUCUAGAGACCAGCAAAAGUUCUAUAUUCAAUAAACCAGGUGCACUUUUCA